CCCACGUUCGCUCACCUUUUCCCUGGAUCCACCAUCCUGGGCUGAGAAGCCAGGAAAGAGGGUGGCAAAGGAACUGCUUGGACUUUUGAAUUUUGGGGAGCAUAGAGCUGAAUCUUCAGGAUGGCUAGAUACUUUAUUAUCCUUAGAAGCGUGGUCCUGUUGCAGGCGCUGUGCUUGGCCUUGGCUCAAGUGACAGGUCCACCCGGGCCCCAGGGUCCCCCUGGUCCCUCUGGCCCUGCAGGAACUCCUGGAGCCGACGGCAUUGAUGGUGAGAAGGGCCCUCAUGGACCCCCUGGCCCACCUGGUCAAAAGGGAGAAUCGGGUGAGCCUGGUCCUGAUGGAGCUCCUGGGGAGGAUGGUAUUGAUGGUUUGAUCGGGGCUAAAGGUGAGAGGGGCCCGAGGGGUAAUCCUGGACCAAAGGGUAAACAAGGGUCAAGUGGACUGUCAGGACCUACUGGACUUGGACUGCCUGGACUUCCUGGAGCACCAGGCCCCAUUGGACUUCCGGGACAAAUUGGGCUUACUGGAACAAAAGGUGUUAUGGGAAGUCCCGGAGCCCCAGGAUUACACGGACCUUCAGGCAAGCCUGGUCCACCAGGAAAGUUUUUGGGUUUGGAGGAAGGCAGUGCCGACUUCCAAUGUCCAACCAACUGUCCACCUGGACCGAAGGGUCCUCAGGGACUACAGGGGGUGAAGGGACAUAAGGGUCGUGCCGGGGUAUUGGGAGAUCCAGGAAGGAUUGGAAAAACGGGUUCAAAGGGGAUUGUCGGAAUCUCCGGUGAACAAGGAAUUCCAGGCCCUCCAGGUCCCCAAGGUUUGAGAGGAUAUCCAGGAAUGGUGGGACCCAAAGGCGAGAUGGGACCCCGUGGCUAUAAAGGCAUUGCUGGACUAAUCGGCAUCCCUGGAGGCCCUGGUGAGGAGGGACCCCAAGGACCACCUGGAGAGUCAGGACAAAAAGGUGACAUUGGAGAACGUGGCAUACGUGGACCUCAGGGAGUGGUCGGAAAGAAGGGACAGAAUGGUCUUCCUGGAAUUGAUGGAAAAGAUGGUACACCUGGCAUCCCAGGAAUGAAGGGGGCUGCAGGACAAAAUGGCAGACUUGGAGCACCUGGUAACCAGGGAGAUCCUGGUUUACCUGGUAGCCCUGGAACCAAGGGUGAAAGGGGAGUCAAGGGUGAGACAGCACCCAGAGGAUUGAUGGGAAUGCAAGGAAUUCCUGGACCUCAGGGUGAACCCGGUCCUCCAGGUGAAGCUGGCAUGGAGGGAGUUCCAGGGCCAAAGGGUGACCGGGGUGAACGAGGACCAGUUGGGCCUUCUGGGAUCAUUGGUUUAACUGGAAGUAAGGGAGAGAGAGGACCCAUGGGCGUCCCAGGGGCUCAGGGUCUAACUGGAACCAAGGGUGACAAGGGAUUCCAAGGCAAAGUUGGGGAGAAGGGCGACAUCGGUGAUCCUGGUGUAGAGGGUCUGGCUGGAGAAAAGGGAGAGAAGGGACAAUCUGGUGAGCCUGGUCCUAAAGGUCAGCAAGGUGUAACUGGUGAUCCAGGGCACAACGGCUUCGCCGGAGAUCCCGGAAAACCAGGAGACCAGGGUCCGGCAGGCUUACCUGGUCCACGUGGCCUUGCAGGAGAGAGAGGCGUUCCAGGCAUGCCAGGAAUACUAGGACCAACCGGUCGCGACGCUUCGGAUCAGCACAUCAUCGACGUGGUCCUGAAGAUGCUUCAAGAGAGGUUAGCUGCAGUAGCAGUGAGUGCAAAGAGAGCCGUGCUGGGCGGAGCGGGUGUGAUGGGACCUCCAGGUCCUCCAGGACCACCAGGACCCCCUGGACCUCAGGGUCCUCAUGGACUAACUGGUGCCCGUGGCAUCCCUGGCACGAUCGGUUCCGCAGGACAGAUUGGCAACCACGGCCUUAAAGGAAAGAGAGGUGCUAAGGGGGAGAGAGGAGAUCCUGGUCGACCACACCCUGGCCCACCGGGACAACCUGGAUUGCCAGGUCCUCCAGGUCUUGAUGGUGUGGCACGGGACGGUAGGCCCGGUGAGAGAGGACCACAGGGUGUAGGGGGUGACGCAGGUCGUCCUGGAAAGGCCGGUUCUCCUGGUCUUCCUGGAUUCUGUGAAGCAGCUGCAUGUCUGGCGGCCUCCGUCUAUACUUCUCCAAGACUCCAAGAGGCAGGAAGAGUGAAGGGCCCAUCCACUUAAAUCAAGCCCUCUACUGGGCCAUGAGAACAUCGGAGAAAGAGAGAACCAUGACGAAAGGGGGAGAAAUAGUGGGAGGCAUGGAAAGAGGAGAACUUCUCUUCAUUGGACACCAUUGUGAGGGGGGAGGGAACAGUUGUUGCCUGGCAUUGGGGAUGUUUAUGUGUAGGUUUUUGUGUGAUUUCUACCGGAGGCAAUGUUGGUCGCUGCUGCUCUGUCCCCACCACACACUAUAGAUGUGAGAACACUGCCGAUGACAUCACAGGUGACAUCAUCAUGAUCAUCAUCAUCAUCACGUGCCCUGGACUAGAAGAACUGUGAGAAUGCUAUUCAACCAAAGGUGCUGUUUUUAUGAUCCAAAUUAAAAAACAAGAAUGACACCAAGAUUUUUAAGUGCCAAGCCAUUCCCUUAUAACUAAAACAAUAAAAAAAUGAUUUAAAGCUAGUCUACAGAUUUCAUUAAUAAAGUUACAUUGUGAACUUCAGAGA